AUAGACAAAGAUUUAUAUUACAUCAUUUCAUUAAACUUUACAAAUAUGAAACGUUUUGUGUUUUCUCUUGCAUGGCCUUUUGCUUUUCUAUUAUUAGCUUAUUCCUUAGCUUCAGCUGCCAUCGUGGAACACACUUUCAAUAUAGAGGACAUUACUGUUGAGAGAUUGUGUCUUCCACAGGUGAUUACUGCUGUGAAUGGAAGUUUGCCAGGACCAACAAUUAAUGCUCGAGAGGGUGACACUAUUGUCAUUCACGUAUUCAACAAGUCACCUUACAAUCUUACUAUUCAUUGGCAUGGAAUUAUUCAAUUUUUAACUCCUUGGUCAGAUGGUCCAGAAUAUGUAACUCAAUGUCCAAUACCAUCUGGUGGAAGUUAUACCUACAAAUUUAAUUUAACAGGACAAGAAGGAACACUUUGGUGGCAUGCACAUGCUUCUUUUCUACGUGCUACUGUCCAUGGUGCCCUUAUCAUUAAGCCACGACUAGGACACUCGUACCCCUUCCCCAAAGUUUAUCAAGAAGUUCCCAUAUUGCUUGGGGAGUGGUGGAGUGCAAAUGUUGUAGAUGUUGAGAGAAAUGCAACAGAAACUGGUAACGCUCCACUGGAAUCAAAUGCGUCCUCUAUUAAUGGCUUCCUUGGUGAUUUGUAUAAUUGCUCUCAAAAUCAGACUUACAAGCUCAACGUUAAGCAAGGAAAAACCUAUUUACUACGCAUUAUCAAUGCUGCACUCAAUCAACAACACUUCUUUAAAAUAGCAAACCAUAGUUUCACGGUUGUAGCAAUGGAUGCUUGUUAUACACAACACUAUGACACCGAUGUUGUCGUGUUGGCACCUGGUCAAACCGUUGAUGUUCUCUUCAAAGCAAACCAAGUCGUAGAUUCUUAUUACAUGGUUUUCACUCCUUACCGUUCUUCAAAUGUUGCAAUCAAUAACAUAACCACUAGAGGUAUUGUUGUUUAUGAUGGUGCCUCCCAAACAACACCUAAAAUGCCAAUUCUCCCUGAUCCCUUUGAUACACCAACAGCUCAUAAGUUUUACACCAACGUUACAGGGUUGGCAGGUGGUCCACAUUGGGUACCAGUUCCACGUAAAGUGGACGAACAUAUGUUCAUUAUAUUUGGGAUUGGUCUAGAACAAUGCAUAAAUCCAGGACCAGAUCGUUGCGUUGUAUUAAAUUCUCGACUUUCAGCUAGCAUGAAUAAUGAGUCAUUUGUUCUUCCUCGAGGAAGAGGUUUCUCAAUGUUGGAAGCAUUUUACCACAAUAUUAGUGGUGUGUACACUAAGGAUUUUCCAAAUCAACCACCCUUUGUAUUUAACUAUACUGACCCUGCCUUAUUUUCACUUAGUGGUAAUGAUUCUCUAAUUGCUUUUCCACAUAAAUCAACAAAGGUGAAGACUUUGAAGUUCAAUUCAACGAUUGAGAUUGUGCUUCAGAAUACAGCUAUCCUUGGCACAGAGAAUCAUCCUAUUCACAUUCAUGGCUUUAAUUUUCAUGUUUUAGCUCAAGGUUUUGGGAAUUAUAACUCCACUAGAGAUCAACCAAAAUUUAAUUUUGUUAAUCCUCAAUUACGUAACACUAUUUCUGUGCCAGUGGGAGGAUGGUCUGUUAUUAGAUUUCAAGCGAAUAAUCCAGGUGUUUGGCUUGUACAUUGUCAUUUGGAAACACAUUUGCCUUGGGGAUUGGCAAUGGCUUUUGAGGUUGAAAAUGGGCCUACUCCUUCAACUACAGUGCCUCCUCCACCAGCUAACCUUCCUAAGUGUUGAGCACAACACUAUUACAUUUCAAACCUUAUAAAUUUUUAAGCUAAUUAAAAAAUAAAGAUUUACUAUGUUUGUCCACUCUUACUAUUUUGUAAUUCUAAUAUAAUUUGUUUGAUUGAGAAACGGUAUAAUAAAGGGCGAAAAGGUUAUCAUAUUCUUUCAACCAAGCUACAUGGUAGUCUAGUUUAUACCUUGUAAAUCUAUUAAUUUGUCAUUAUAUAAAUAAAAAUUCUUUAUUCUCUCAAA